AUGAUAAAGUCUUGGAACAGAAGUUGUCUUCAGCUGGAAAAGGAAAAGAACAUUGUAAAGAAUCUACAGAAAGAAUGCUCGUCACUUCAGUCUUAUGUCUGUAAACUUCAGAAUGAGGUGAAAGAACUAGAAUCUGAGAAAAUCAAAUUAGCCAAAAUCAUUUCAAAGUUGGAAAACACUAAAGCUAAUUUGGAGAAAGAUAGGGAUGCCAUCUCUUCUUGUUUGAAUGAGGAAAAAGAAAGGUAUAAGAAAGAAUGUGCCACUUUGAUGUCAACAAUAACACAGUUGCAAAGGGAGGGGAAAAUCUAUGAUGAGGAAAACAAUCAAAUGGACAGAACAAUCCAAGAGCUAGUGACAAUGAAUGCCAGUCUAGAGAAAACUAAAGAUAUCAUUGCUACUCAGCUUGAAGCCGAGAGAGACAAGUCACAGAAAGAGUUAAAAUCAUCCAUAUCAGUAUUACUAGAGGAAUCAGAGGCAGAGAAAGUCAAGUUAAGCAGUAGAAUAACAGAGUUACAGAAAGAGACUUUAGAAUUGGGAAAGAAAUUAGAAAAUACUGAGCAAGAGUUUCAAUCUGUUUCAUCCCAACUUUUGGAAGAAAAGAGUUCAGUCAGCACUAUCAAAGAAGAAUGCUCAGCAAUGAAUUUUACCAUUUUAAAAAUGGAGAAUGAAAUAGCAGGUUUGAAAACUGAAAAAAUUAAUUUAGUCCAAGGUUUAUCAGAGUUAGAAAAUGUAAGAGCUAGUCUUGAGAAAGACAAAAAUGGCCUCUCUUCAUGCGUAGAGGAGGAAAGAGAAAAGUCCAAAAAAGAAUGUUCUGUUUUUAUGUCAUUAAUAACAGAACUAAAACAGGAACGUGAACAGUUUCACCCGGAAGUGGUUCAAUUAAAAAUAACAAUUGAUGAGCUAGAGAAACAAAAUGCUAGCUUAGAGAAUGAUAAGAAAGCUAUUUCUUCCCAAUGGGAAUUCGAAAGAGACAAAUCACAGAUUGCACUUGAAGAAUCAGAGGCAGAGAAAGAGAAAUUGAAUGCUAUGAUAUCAGAGGUACAGAAAGUGUCAUUGGAGUUGGAAAAGAAAUUAGAAGAUUCAGUACAAAAGUGUCAAGCGAUUUCUUCUGAACUGAAGGAAGAAAAGAUCUCAGUCAGCACUUUCAAAGAGGAGUACUCAUUGAUGAAGUUAGCUGUUUCAUCAAUGGAAACUGAAUUAGCAGAUCUAAAAGCUGAAAGAACAACUUUAGUUCAGACUAUGUCAGAAUUAGAAAAUGCUAGAAUCUGCCUUUCUUCUCGCCUUGAUGAGGAGAGAAACAUGUCAAAGAAAGACUUAUCGAUUUUAAUGUCAUCAGUUGUAGAGCUAAAAAAUGAUAUUGAAUAUUUUCAAGUGGAAAAAAAAUCAUUUAAAUGA